GAACCGCCAGUCGAAAGGCCGGCUUCUCCCGGAAAGGUUCACUGCUCCUUGGUCGGACUUCAUUUUUUUUUUUUUUUAAAUUUCGCAACUGCCCAGAGAAACACGCGAUCAGCGAUAACGAAAAUUAACGUCAGCAGCUGUGGAGUAUUUAUUUUAUUUUAUUUUUUUAAAUCCAUGCAUGGUUAAACGUUUUAAACGCUUAUUAUGGACGCCUGCUUCACGGCAUUCGACAAAGAUUGUGAUGGCUAUUUGAGUGUUGGGGAGUUUGAUGCAAUAUGCAGGGCAUUGUUCAGGAAUGACAGGGGCAAAGUUUACAGCCUUCCUGAAGAUCAGCUGCAAGAAAUCUUUGAAAUCUUCGACCUGGACAAGGACUCACAGAUAAGCAGGGAUGAGUUUACCUACUGCUGGAACAACUGGAUCAAAACAAUUGUAAGACCAGUGAGUGCUUUCCUGAUCAUUGAUGUUCAAAACGACUUUAUUACUGGAUCAUUAAGCAUAAGCCAAUGUUCAGCACAACAAAAUGGUAUUGAGGUUGUAGAGCCGAUAAAUAAUCUACUCGAAACUGUAAAUUUUGAUGCUGUCUUUUAUUCGUUGGAUUGGCAUCCAAGUGAUCACGUCUCAUUCAUAGACAAUCUCCAAUACAGAGCCGUACACCCUUCCAGUCCCAUAAGCGCAGAAGAAGCACAAACAUACGACACCGUCAUGUUCGACGGCCCCAACCCUUUCAAGCAGAGGCUGUGGCCUAGGCACUGUGUACAGGAUUCUUGGGGCGCCGAAUUACACAAAGACCUUAAGAUUGUAGAAAAUGCAACAAAAGUUUACAAAGGUACAAAUCCCGAGGUGGACUCGUAUUCCGUUUUCUGGGACAACAAGAAACUAACCCAGACGACCCUUGUGUCUCAACUUGAGCAGAAAAACGCAACUGAUAUAUACGUAUGCGGCCUGGCGUAUGAUGUCUGUGUUGGAGCGACGGCUGCGGAUGCCCUUUCGAUUGGUUACAGGACUAUAUUGAUAGAAGACUGCUGUCGCGGUGUCGACCUUGCAGAUAUCGACAAGACGAGAAACACAGUUGUUAAAAACCAUGGCGUCAUAGUCACAUCAAGCGAGGUAAAAGCUAUGGUCGAGGGAAGAGACCGCCGUCCAGAACUCGGUUACAAACUCGCUCUCGAGCUCAAGAAGAAGCAGGAAGACGAAAAGGAUAAAGUCGACACUGAAUGACACAUUACAUAUCCAAAAUCUGUAGUCAUUCAUUAAUUCAAUUUAGAAUUUGUCACUGUCAUCAGUGGCUUAAGCUUAACUCACAAACUAGCCUUCACAAAUAAGCUUAAAAAUAUCAAUUAUCUGUGACUAAAACAAUCCGUCCAAGUUGAGAAUGAGUAGUAAUAUUUUGAAUUAGAACUUGUAUUCUUCUAAAUUGAAUUUAUGUUUGUAAAAAUAUUUAAAAGAGAGAAAACCU